CGUGUAUGGUGCGUUAUAUGCGCCCGUGCUUGGAGUUACUUAAGUUGUAGGUUGGCUUUGCAUAAAUCUACACAAUAGCACAAUGACUUUUAUAAUCUGUCAUUUGAACCUGAGAAAGUAUUUGAUUUUAAUCGUGAUAAUAUGUUGUUCUUCUGCUACUGUUCAUGCAAUAAAAAAAUUUAAAUUUCGUUGUGAGAACAAUCAAUAUUGCAUUAAACAAAGGGUUGAAAGUGACAAACACCAUGACCAAAACCUAUACGAAAAUCUAAAUUAUUGCCGUCUAGUUUGCGGUAAAUUUGGCCCAUUAUUUCCAAAACCAACAGGUAUUGUAGAACUGGGAAAGCACACAACAGCCAUUCAUCCUGACAAUAUCAGAUUAGAAGCAGAUAAAACUAUAAAUUCAGCAGAAGUGUUGCAAAUGCUCAACCAAACUCAUCAUCAGUUCUUAACAAAUCUACGUAACGAAUGCAGUGGACAAUGCAAAAAAACAAACUCCGUUGAGCUUACUAUCAAAGUGUUUGUUGCUUCGUCGGAAGCCAUAUUAUCUUGGACAACUGACGAAAGCUAUAUGUUGAACAUAUCUGCCAUCAAUGUAAAGAACCCCAUUGCGGUAGUUGAAGCGUUAACUAUGUUCGGUGCAAGACAUGCAAUCGAAACACUUUCACAGUUGAUAGUAGCAAUAUUAGAUGAAGAGUAUGAAGUUGAAUAUCGUAGUUUACGUAUAUUGACCCGCACAUUGAUUAUUGACGCACCUGUAUACGCGCAUAGGGGCCUUAUGCUUGACACAGCCCGAAACUUUAUUCCAGUAACUGCCAUAAAAAGACAGCUGGAUGGGAUGGCUGCCAGUAAACUGAAUGUACUGCACUGGCACAUCACCGAUACACACAGUUUCCCAAUGGCACUGGAACGAGUGCCAGAAGCAGCAUUGUACGGAGCAUACUCGUCUGAUGCAGUAUAUUCACCAAGGGACAUUCAAUCAGUUGUGAACUAUGCCAAACAAAAUGGAAUCCGUAUAAUUUUCGAAUUUGAUGCACCGGCCCACGCUGGUAAUGGUUGGCAGUGGGGUCCCGAUAUGGGCUUAGGCGAGUUGGCAGUCUGCGUGAAUAAGUUACCAUGGCGAAAUUAUUGUAUUGAGCCACCGUGUGGUCAAUUGAACCCUGUAAAUCCAAAUUUGUUCUUUGUUUUGGAAAAACUAUAUAUGGACUUUGCUGAAAUUGAUCCCCAGCAACCUAUUAUCCACAUGGGUGGAGAUGAAGUGUUCUACAAUUGCUGGAAUGAAACGGAAGCCAUUCUGAAAUAUCUGAAUGAUCGUGGCAUGGGUCGAACGGAAGCUGCUUUUCUUUUUCUUUGGAGUGAUUUUCAGGAAAAAACACUUCACUUGUGGGACCACUGUAGAAAAACUGUGGAGCAUACUUUAAAAGGCACAAUGGAUUUGUUCAAACCUGCACCAGUUAUUUUGUGGUCGAGCCACCUCACUGACCCAUCAGUAAUUAAUAGCUAUUUAACGAAUGAUCGCUAUGUAAUACAAACGUGGGUGCCAUCGCAAAGCAGUUUGAAUCAAGACUUGCUCAGUUUAGGAUACAAACUAAUUAUUUCCACCAAAAAUGCUUGGUAUUUAGAUCACGGCUUCUGGGGACAGACAAGUUAUUAUAGCUGGAAAAUAGUAUACAACAACCGACUCCCAAGGAACGAAAAAGUACUUGGGGGUGAAGUUUGCUUGUGGACUGAAUUUAUAGACGAGUAUUCCGUUGAUGGGCGUAUUUGGCCUCGUGCUGCAGCGGCUGCUGAACGUUUAUGGACGGAUCCGAAUACCAUGGCUCAAGAAGCGGAAGGACGUUUCUACCGUCACCGUAAUCGGCUUAUAUCACGUGGCAUACAAACAGAAGCCGUUAUUUCAAAUUGGUGCGAACAGAAUGAAGGUCAAUGUUUUUAAGAACCAUCGUGCAGAAUCAAUAAAGCGUAAAAUUGAAGGAAAUACAAAUUACACAUUGAUA